AUGAAAAAUGAUGAAGAAAAUGAGAAGUCUGUAGGCGUUAUAUUAAAUGAGAAAGAGUCCGAGUUGGUUUUCUCCGAGUAUCAAUUUAUUGGUGAUUCGAAUGCGAAUUUCACUGAAAUUUUCAAUCCGGAUGCUUAUCUCGUCGUGUAUUCUGUCACCUCGAAACGAAGUUUACAAGCAGCAAAAGAGGUGCUUCGUUUGAUCCAAAAAUGGGACAAUGUGGAUAGUAAAGCUGUCAUCCUAGUGGGCAACAAAACCGAUCUCGCCCGUCAUAGAGUUCUCUCCACGGACGAAUCGGACAUCGUUUGCCAUCCUAAACAAACCAUCAUAAGGAACCCGUGCAUCAAGCUAAGAGGAGUGACGGUCAAGAGGGUCAAGGAGCUAAAACUCCUUGGCCUCAUCUUGGAUGAAAACCUCACUUGGAUUCCUCACUUGCAAGCCCAAAGGGUCAAAGCCACAAGAAUAGCAACUAGAAUUAAAAAUAUGCAGGGCAAAGAUUGGGGAUUACGACCCCACUUCCUCAAGACUAUUUACAAGACGGUAGUAGAAAAAAUAGUUUUGUAUGGGGCAGCUAUUUCGGCCCGACCCAUGACUGCGAGGAAAUUGAAUUUACUUAAUAGCAUUCAACGACCUUUCGUCCUUGCUAUCACGAAAACAUACAGGACAACGGCCACAGCAGCGGCAGCGGUUCUAGCUGGACUUAUUCCUCUGCCAAUAGCCGCACUACAAGAGGCAACAGUCUCUACUGUCAUGCUUCUUAGGAAGUCAGCCUCAUUUAGGGGAACUACAUUUGUACCAUCAGACUUUGAGAACAAAAAUUCUCAGCUCAAAGUUCAUCCCGCUAGUUAUGGGUUGGGCAUUUGUGCCCAUACCUCUAUGUCUCAGGAUUUACGGGUAAGAGACACAGGUAAUGCAAAUACCAUCAGCAUAUUCACUGAUGGCUCAAAAAUCAACGAAGAGGCAGGCUGCGCUUUUAUUUCUCAUUAUCAUGAUAAAAUCUUAGAAACUUGGAAAGGAUACAUUGGACUUAAUAGAUCGGUAUUCCAAGCUGAAGCAGUAGCAUUGCGCCAGGCUAUAACAGCAGCUAUGAAGUUUGUUGACCGAGAAAUUUGCAUUUUCUCAGAUAGUCAGUCGGCAAUCUUUGCUCUUCGCGAUCCAUUCCAUUCAUCACCAAUCAUAGCAGAUAUACAAUGCCUGCUCAAAGAAAUUGCGCAUGACUGCAACAUCCAGAUUUUAUGGAUUAAAGCACACGCGGGCCACAGAGGCAAUGAGGAUGCAGACACUCUUGCAAAGGAAGCUGCAAAGAAUAUCGGUGCGCAAGAUGUCCAGAUCCCGCUUCCCAAAUCUUAUCUGAAGCGAGUCUGUCGCAUUAAAUCGUAG